UGGCACGCGUGGCCGUGCGCUUUAAUGGGUCUCUGGGCUUUGAUGCAGCUAAUGAUUUGUCCGCGCGGCUCCACCGUUUGUUGAUAUCUGAAUAAUUCAUGAUGCGCUCGUGAAUCACGGAGGCUAGUUUAUCUCGACCACUUUAUCUGCUCGCGCAGUGCGCUGGAGCUGCGCUGUUGUCUCCACGGCAGUAUCAGUGAAGGUAGCUGCAGUGGUAGAGGCAGCUCGCGAGUGCUGUUCAGUCCCGCGCCAUCCUCUCCCGCGGACUCACGGGCUACCUGGGCUGCGCCAGAACAGAUGAUGUGUGAACUUAUCGCGUCUGAUUCUCCCCACAGACAACACGGACUCAGUCAUGGCCAACGAGUCGGAGCAACUGGUCGAAUGCGCCAUGGCACGCGGUUCACGCCUCUGCCUCGCCACUCUCUACACGUUCAUGGGCGUGGCGGGUGCCGUGCUUAAUCUGAUGGUCGUUUACCUGGUCAUGACCUUCAAGAAGCUCCGCACCGCUAGCAAUGCCUUCAUUGUGAACGGCUGCGUGGCCAACUUGUUGGUGUGUGCGUUCUGGAUGCCUCACGAAGCGGUGAUACUGUCGACUGGGAGCUCGCUAAGUCCGGGGUAUCAGGCGUUCAAAGAAGCCCUGCUGUUUCUGGGCAUCACCGUGUCACUACUCUCGCACUCGCUCAUCGCCGUCAACAGGUAUGUGCUCAUCACCAAAGUGCCCGCUACAUACCAGUCGCUCUAUCAGAGACGAAACACGGAGUGGAUGAUAAGCGGUUCGUGGCUCAUAUCCGUGGGCUGUCUCGUGCCCUGGCUCACAACAUCUGGUUAUCCUACGGAAGGAUGCGCGAGCAGUCAUUCUGCCUCAGCAUCCUCCAUCGCCGGGACAUCUGUCCUGGCCAACUCUUUUGCGUGCGCCACGCUGGCCUGCACAGUAACGGCACAAACGGCGAUCGUACUUUACUGUUAUUUCAAAAUAUUUAGAAGGGUUCAAAUCAGCGUGAAACGGGUCAGCAUCUUAAAUUUCCAAAUUGUGAACAAUCUCCCAUACUCUUUCCCGCGCAAGGACAAGCGCCUGGGGCUGUAUAUGCUCGCGGUGUGCUUCGUGUUCGUCGUCACCACUGAGCCCAUGCUGUGGGCGCUCGUGGCGCGGCUCUUCGUGCAGGUGCCCGCCGCGCUCUGGACACCGCUCUGGGUUGUGUUCUGCACGCUCUUCGUCACCAAUCCGUUUCUGUACACCUGGAAAAACGAGGAAUUCAGGAAAUCUCUGCGCUCCGUGAUGAGGUGGGACUUCUGGAGGGGGUCGGUGGUAGGAAUCGAGCCGAUCAAUAUCAGCACAAUCUCUCACAUUCUGCCCCGGCAAAACAGCCGACGGGCCUUCCUGGGAGACAUGAACUGAACAAGGAUAAAACAGACAAUUUAUCUGAUCAGAUCUGUGUGGCACUUUUGAUGGUAGUAAAUUGACUGCUGGUGAAAAUGCUCAUAGGCUUACUUUGUGUACUGAAAACUGAUUUUUAACAGUAUUUUGUAUGGGCUGAUUUUAUGGUGUUCUUUGUAUAUCUGAAGCUUUGAGUACAUGGCACAAUGUAAUUUUAUGUGGCGGUCUGCUA